CUCACUCUCAAGUUUUUCUCAUGGGAAACAUAACCAGGAGAGGCAGCGAUAAGCAGGUUGCUGAAAGUGCCGAGUCACCAGAAGAAGGCCCGUGCGCAGCACUUCACAGGAAACUCUACGAAGCCAUAAUGAGAGAAGACUGCACCACCAUCCAGGUACUCCUAAGAAGCUACCCCGUCAACCAGCCCAUGUCCAUUCUGGCCAACUCCUCCAGCUACAGAUCACUUCUGAGCCAGCAGAUGCAGUCCAUCAUCCCCAUACACCUGGCUGUCGAAUACCGCAAGGCCCAGAGUUUGCUUUGUUUGCUAGAACACGGCGCUGACCCGGAAGUCAGGGAUACAAGAGGCCUCACCACACUUCACCUGAUGCUCCUGCACUGGCCAAUCACUUCUACCACGUGGACAGAACCAGGGAACAGAAUCCAAAGGAUCCUGACAGAUAUUCAGAAUAACGCUAUAAGGUGUCUCCACAUUCUGUGUGAACACGGAGCUCAGGUGAAUGCUCGAGUAGACAACAGCCAGAAACAUUCACCCCUCCACCUGGGCAUAAUAUAUGGUAACUAUCCAGUCCUCUCCAUUUUAGCCCAAAAUGGCGCCCAUGUCAAUGCUAUUAAUGAAUCCAGCAUGACGCCCCUUCACAUGGCUGCAAAUAUACUGAAUAAGGAGAUGAUAGAAACACUAAUUUCCUGUGGAGCCAAUGUUAACUGUGCCGUCUCUUCCACGGGGAACACAGCCCUUAAGCUGGCGGUGUGCACCGCAUCAGGGAAAGCAGGCCGACUGCUGGCUGCAGGAGUGAGCUGUAUCCGCCUGCUGCUGAUCCACGGAGCCAAAGUAAAUGCCCAGGACCACGAAGGUCAAACCGCUAUCCACGAGGCAUGUUUUGGAGGCAGAGAGGCAAUAAUCAAUCUCUUGCUCGAAUUUGAAGCAAACGUUAACAUAUUAACAAGAAAUGGGGAAUCUCCAAUAUAUAUGUAUCUUCAGCGCAGUUCCAAUACAAGAGACACAGCACUUCUUGCCAGGCUACUUUAUCACUCUUAUCCUUUGAGACUGACCAAUAACCAAGGAACUCUACCUGCAGGACUCAUGCUCCCACAAUUCCACCUCUUAAGGGAAACCCUAAUAAAGUUAUCUCAAAAACUCUUAUCCCUAGAGGAUAUCUGUAAAAGAAACAUCAGAAAUAUUUAUGGUGAGAAACACAAACAACACUUGAAGCAACUUCUCCCAGGGAAGAUAUGGAAUUCUGUAUAUGGUUAUUACGACUUAGCUCACCUCUUCAAGUAA